UUCUCCACAUUUAACCCAAAAGUGCCAUCCCUGCCAAGGAGGAGGAGAAGAUAUACUUAUCUUUCUGUAGCACAAGGCUUUCCUAGUGUCACAUGUUCCAGUGUGGCAUAUUGAAAGCCAGCUGUGGUUCCUUGCACUCUUUCAAAAGUAUGAUCAACAGUUUUGGACGGUGAAGAAUAUCACCAUUUUGAGGGUACGGACACACAUGACAGGAAGUUCUUGUUUAAAACGUAGGGCUGAUGUUACCAGUGAUGAUUACACUGCAGACUCGUACGGAGAACAGAAACUGGGGAGUCCAGGGAAACACUCGAUCUAAAAAACACUGCCCGUAAGGAUGCAUAGAAAUGUUGGAAUCCAAGUCAUAGCUGACAUCACACAGAAAGGAUGAGGGUUUGUCUGCGGGUCACAUUGCUCCUCUUCCUCAGCUCAUCCAAAGCACAGGUGUGUCCAGCCUCCUGCAGGUGCGCCGUUUCGGAAUCGUCGGGAUUCAAGGUGAAUUGCAGCUCACAAGGCCUUACAAAAGUGCCCCUUCUGCCAGCCAGCACCACAGAACUGUACCUUCAGAAGAACCUGAUCACAACAGUUCCACCCGGGCAAUUGGACAAGCUUACCAGCUUACAGAAAAUCAACUUCUCCGGCAACCCCUGGCACUGCAGCUGUGACAUUCGGUAUCUCAAAGCCUGGCUGGACGACCACGCAGCCUCGCCCUCUUCCGUGGAAGUCUUGUGUUUCACACCACCUGCCCUCGCGCACAGACCCUUACUGCAGCUCGCUGAAAAGGACUUUUCCGAGUGCGCCAGAAGACGAUGUGCUGGUUUCGUUUUUAAUGACGUGUUCCUAAUAAUUCUGCUUAGCACUCUCCUCAUUCUUCUCCUUCUAACCCUCAAGACUGCAAGGUCAUCGGCUUUCAUUUUUAACGUCGAUCAGAGGCACACAGGCAUGGAAAUGGAAACUCUGAAAUCUCAAAAACCCAGGCACAGAAAAAGACCAGAAGCAUCGUACAAGACGUUGUUAUCAAAAGACCCAGAAUCCCCGCUUGAGGAAAGUAAUUUGACAGAGGACAGUGAGAAACUAAUGCCUUUGCUAAACAUGGAGAUUCUGCCUCAGGUAUUAGAGGUCUUGGAAAACAAGCACAAUAUAAAAAUUAAAGCAACUUAAUUUAUUUCAAAACCCACAUCCUAAUACAUCAGAUAAUCUUGGUUAUUCUGCAACUAAUGUUAUAAUCUAACAAAGCUGUAGAAGAACUAAAAAACAUGUUUCAAAUGGAUUGUUGACUUAAAUCCAUUAUGAAAACCUAGUGGCUACUUAUGGUUUUAUUUUAUACAAUAUCAACAUACAACAUGACGUAAAGUGAACUGAAAACACAUUAUUGCAGGAAACAGUUGAUCGCAUACCUUAUUUGGAUUUAAUGUUCUUUUUAUGUUGAGACAGUGAAAAAU